AUGGCUCCUCGAACAGGUGCACUGCUUAAAAGGGGGAUGAGCCUGAAACUUGGGCAGUCUCCGAGGUACAAGUGCCCACCUCCAUUUCUGUCCAAAACUUAUGAUAUUUUGGAGAAAGAGGAUGAAGAAGAAGCUAUAGCAAAUGGGCAAAGGAUAGUUUCCUGGAACUCUGAGGGCAAUGGUUUUGUUGUAUGGAAUCCUGCAGAGUUUUCUGAAGUUAUUUUGCCUAGAUACUUCAAGCAUAAUAACUUUUCGAGUUUCAUUCGACAGCUCAAUACCUAUGGAUUCAAGAAAACAGCGUCGAAGAGAUGGGAAUUUCAGCAUGAGAAAUUCCAGAGAGGGUAUAGGCAUCUGCUUGUGGAGAUCACUCGAAAGAAGUGUGAGCCAAGCGCCUUUCCGGCUUAUCUUAAAGCUUCUGAAGGAAACAAAUCGACAACCUUAGAGGCAAAUGCUCGACUGCUGCUAAUGGAGGAGAACAAGAACCUGAGAAGAGAGAGACUGGAACUGCAAAUGCAGCUAGCUCAUUUCAAGACACUGGAAAUUAAGUUAUUGGAAUGCCUUUCUCAGUGCAUAAGCUGCCAUGGCCACCAAAGCAAAGUUCCCAGGCUGUUUUAUAAAUAG